GCCUGACGUCGGUGGUCAUGUGACCGUUACUCUGUUUAGCUGCAAAAACAUAUCGCAGCUCCAAAGAAUAAUAAUAAACCGAUCAAUCGCUUCGACGCUGCCGGUGCGCGCUCGCUCCCUUUCUUCUCGGACGGGAGUUUAUUCCUGCAGCUGUAGGGGCUGCUCUUCCACCAACUGGAUCAUGCAGUAAUCCUUUUCCCGCAAACAUCAACGAGAGGUUCUGCAUCUCCAUCACCAUGGCCGUCGCAAGGCCUCGCCCGUACAGGCGGAUCCUGACGUCCGCCCUGCAUCGCAGAUUCGUCCACGCCUCUGCCCUCUCCCUUGCUGUCUGCUACUUGGUCGCGUUCUUUACUGGUGUCAAGUCGUCCUUUUUCUGGGCAUGGUUUCCAUUUGGUCCCUGUGGCAUUCGCACCCUUCUUCUCUUCAUUUGUCCCCUUACUGUCUUCGUUCUCCGUGUCGGUCAGAUGCACAUUGGCGCAAGGACUACGAGCUCUCCGUUGGGCACCAUAAAGCACCUAUUCCCUCUGCAUAUCAUCCAGACGUUUGGCUGGUACUUCUUCUCUGCCUGGUGGUUCAGUGAAGUAUAUGUGUGGUCGUCUUCGAGUGAUGCAGACCUAGGAUGGGUCAAGCCAGGACGACACAAUGAACGGGCCACGCUGAACGAAAGACCCAUAUACUUGCACAUCUCUCAUAUUCUGCUUGCGGUGUUACAAUCAUCGAUCCACCUGUACACAGACAUCGAUCGAAUCGAUGUUCCCGUCGCGAAGCGCACUCCGGAGACAAAGGACUAUAAAACUCACCCGGUGGUUCCUGUUGUGAGAAGGAUUCAACGUGCACUACCGCAGAUUGUCGUUGAUUCCUUCGCCUGGAGUUCCAUAAUGACGGUUGCAGGACCUGUAAUCUAUAUGCUGUUUCUCAGACGCACCGCGUGGAGCUACACCUUGUCGUUCGCCAAGCUGUUCUGGAACUUCCCCCGGUCUGCAGCGGAUCCUCCUGGUCUGAUCCCUCCGCUGCAUAUUACGCUUCUUUGGCGUUGUCUGACAUCCGGCGCAUUGCUUAUUCUACUUUGGCGGACGUCCAAUCUGUUCUUCACGGCUUUCAUAGCCCAGGGUCCGAUGAAGCGGGGUCAGACGCUGACAGCAGAGGUGAAGGAUCCGAAUGGAAGCUUACUCAAUGGAUUGAAGGCGAAAAAGGAGGUCGUGAAGACAUUUGCGUUCUGGGAAUUAUGUAUUAUCAGCCAACAGUACCCUGAACGUCGAAAGGCCAUCUUCAGCGAUAUCGAUCGUGAAGGUGGCGCGACCUGGACCCAGGUGUUGAAUGCCUCGACGGCCGUGAUCAAUGGCAUUGGAAUUCGAAUUAACGAAUACCAGAACCCGCCUUCCGCCAUAGCCAAGAAGCCAGCGCAGAAAGGCCGGCCUCAACCGACUCUCCAGACAUUGCCGCAGCUGACUGCUCCGCCUAAACAAGCAGACAUAUUUGCCCCAUCUCCAAAGGCGCGAUCACAGAAUGAAAAGUUCGAGGAAACUAUUGGUAACGUCGUGAAGUCAUACGGCCAAUCGCCGGACUGGACGCCCACUGCUCGAGCCAAAGCUCGCGAUAUCUUUGAUAAGGCGUCCAUGGCCAUGUUGAGCCCGGAGGGCAAGAGGAAGCUCCUCGCAUCAACCAAACAGCCAAAGUUGCUGACUGGAACUGAUUCUGAUCAAGCUUCCUCCCCGGACAAGCUGCAUCCCAUAACGGCCCAGAUCCUACGGUCUCCAGUUGGUGCACUUUUCAGGCAGACCUACUCACGGCGGUUACGUGGCAUUGUUCUGGGGAGUCCUUACGAUUCUCUCUGUUCUAUCAUCGAUGCUGCAGAGUCUUUGGCUUGCCUCUUUGUUUCCAGUUUGGAAGAAGACCCCUACGGCAAGGUGCAAUCCGAUUUCCCGGGUGUCGUACGUCUCCUUGCAGACACGAUCGUGACUCUAGAGGGUUUCAUUAACGGCGGCCUUAAAGUCCACUGGACGGACGUCACCUUUCCUCCGUCUAGCAACCCUGAAGCGCAGGCGGAAGCUCGCCGAGUGCCGGAAGUCGAUGCUGUGUUGGUCUCCUUGAAAUGCUCGCUUACGGAAUUGCUCACUGCAUACAAGCCCUACCUCAGCCAAGUUGGGCUUGCGGGCAAGGACUUGAGACUAGCGAAACAGGCAGCAGGUAUGGUGGAGGAAGAGGCAUGAAAGGCUAUGUAACGAUGAUAACAUCUUGUAUUAUGAGAUAGACAUGCGGCUAUUGUUUGUCCGCGUGCGUUGGAAAAGUUUCUCUGCAUUGGCUUUUUCUGAUAUCCAGAGAUGCGCGAGCUUUCUAUUUAUGUAUCUAGGGCCCAAGAAGAGAGUGGGAGUUGGGUUCGGUUUUCUUUGUCUUCGCAACAGAAUUCAGGGCGAAGGGGAGUCGAGUUGCAUUUGUCAUUAGCAUCAACAAGGGAAUUGACUUGAUA